CUUUCUUUCUUCUCUCACUCGCGCUUCUUCUCCGUCGGUAUCGGCCGCAUCAUGCUCCAGAGGUGAUAGUGCACCUUUGCUUCCGAAGGCAAGAUGGCGGCGGCCCCGUCACGUCCUUUUGACUAUCUCGAAAGCCUUCCCGGAACGGUCUUCUUCAAGCUCUACCAACAGCCCUCUACCGCGCUUGCUAUCUUCAGGCGCAUGCUGCCUGACCUGGCAAAAUGCUUCGUGAUGGCGCUCCUCUAUUUAAAGGAUCCGCUACCAGCGGCGGACCUGGAGAUUUGGGUGAGAUCUGAGAGCUUGAAAGAACGGGAUAGCGCUCUUUCAAUCCUGGGAAGGUUACAUAUCCUCUCCAAUACGACAAAUGCGGCGAACGUCCGAGCUUACAUGGUCACCGAUCCAUUUGCAGUUUCUCUUCGGCAAGCUCUUACAGGUGCUGAAAAAACACAGUCGUUUGGGGUGCUUUACCGAUUAUCAGAUGGGGAGAAUGUCUCGAUCGCCAAUCUUGAUGACUAUGCGCGCCGACAAUGGGAAGGGGUGCUUGGUUAUAUGGUUGGCACUGGCGGGCUCGGAAUACAACGUGAUGCGAACCUGAGUAAAGGCGUUAAACAACUUUUACAAGCCGGGCAUCUGGUGGAGAUCAGAGAUCGCCGCGUCGAAAUUACUCAAGACGGAUUCGCAUUUGUCCUCCAAGAUGUAGGCACGCAAGUCUGGCAUAUCUUGAUUCUAUACGUUGAGAGCGCAGAAGCCAUUGGGAUGGAUAGUGUUGAGGUGCUUUCCUUUAUAUUUCUCCUCAGCAGUUUGGAACUCGGCAAAUCGUACGAAAAGAGACAUUUGACAUCAAACCAACUCCGCACUCUAACCGAUUUAGCGGAUUUUGGCAUCGUGUAUCAGGAUUCUCCCGAAGCGAGCCAUUUUUAUCCCACUCGUCUUGCGACCACCCUUACAUCGGACUCAAGCGCCCUCGGAAAUCCAAUAGCCGGCACACUCUCUGGCCCCGCCGGAAGUGACUCUAACCAACCUGGCUCUGGCUUCAUUAUCAUUGAAACAAACUAUCGGCUUUAUGCAUAUACAUCCUCGCCACUUCAAAUCUCUCUUAUUGCAUUAUUUACGACUCUUAAGUAUCGUUUCCCUAACCUAGUCACGGGCAAGAUCACUCGGCAGUCUAUUCGCCGGGCAAUUGAAAUGGGUAUCACGGCCGAUCAAAUUGUCUCAUACCUGGCUACACAUGCACACCCGCAAAUGCGCAAGCACAAUGUGUCUCGGUCCACGUCCAAUCAAGCCGGUAUCCCGCCAUCGGUCCUUCCGCCUACGGUUGUUGACCAGAUCAGGCUUUGGCAGCUGGAGCGCGACCGUGUUAGAGCCACGGCCGGCUUUUUGUUCAAGGAUUUUGUCAGUUUGGCCGAAUACGAGGCCCCGUGUCGGUAUGCUGAAGAGAUCGGGGUUCUUAUAUGGAAGUCUGACCGCAAAAGAAUGUUCUUUGUGACUAGACAUGAACAAGUUGCGGCAUUCCUGCGAAGCAGGAAAUAAAACAUUUCAUCAUCAUACCGUAUUUUCGGCGUUGGAGCAGAAUUAAUAUUAGCUGAUAACAUCUGCCCAUUCUAUCUAUGCAUAGCUGCGACUGGGCGUUUUUGGGAUUCGCGGGACACAUUAAAAAUGAGGGUUUUCAGGAUUCACAGGAUUGUAAAAUAAGAACAAGAUGAGAAGCUAUAAUCGGUUAAAGAAUAACUCUCAGUGAUUCGAACACCAAUUAUGUGUCUAUAAUGCAUCUACAGGGCACUCCGAAGCCUGGGCGCC